AUGACUGAAGUAUCUGAAUGUCUUGCAAAACUAAUUCAAGAAAAUAGCGAAACUUUACAAAAGUUUGAGGAUUGGAUAUCAAAUCAGCCUCAUAUUCCCAAGAACAUCCCUAGAGCAACUCUAGUAAGAUUUUUAAAAGUUUGUCAGUUUGAUCUUGAAAAGGCAGAAAAAUUGCUAGACACAAAUGUUAAGUUCAAAAUAAAGCAUCAAUACCUUUUCACGAAGCGAAACAUUAACUCUGAAGAAAUCCAAAAAGCUAUUAAAACAGUUCAAUUCACUGGAUUGCCAAAAUUAACGAAGGAAGGAUACUUCAUCGAAUCAUGUCGCAUUGUCAGUUCUAAUCUGGAUGAUUUCAUUCUUAAGGACAUAUUCAAAUCCUUUUACAUGAUCCACGACAUGAAUAAUGUUAUUAAUCCAGAUGUAAAUGGAAUUAUUUCAAUUUACGAUGCGAAUGGAUUCAGUUUUUCACAUUUUAUUAAAUUAUUAGCACAAGGUCAAACAGUGCUGCAUUUCUUGCAAUUCGGACAGGAAUCAACAUGUGUCGAUGUAAAACAAAUUCACGUCGUUAAUUGCUCACAAGUCGUCAGUAAAUUGAUUUCAUUUCUUAAACCUUUUCUCACAAAAGAGCUUAGAGAUACUAUGCACUUCCAUCCUACAGGAUUUGAGACACUACACAAGUUUAUUGACAUAGAAUGUCUCCCUGUUGAGUACGAUGGUUGUGGAGGGUUGAUGGAUGACUUUGUUGAACAUACAAUUAGAAAAUUACAUAAACAUAGUGAAUUUGUUGGAAAUGAUGAGAAUUUUUUCAUGAUUAAUGUUAAAUGUUAA